UCAACAUCUCACGCAUCACAAAGUGUUCGAGAUCUGCUACAAUGGUGAGCUUCUGUCCUAUAUGUGGGAAGCCUGUUUAUUUUGGUGAGAAGAAGAGGUCAUUGGGACGGGAUUAUCACCCGUUGUGCUUGAAGUGUCACAAGUGUAAAAGACAGCUAACAGCUGGCCAGCAUGCAGAGCACGAUGAGAAGCCAUAUUGCACUAACUGCUACAUGAGAGAUUUUGGACCCAGAGGCAGCCGAAACCCUGUUGCUCGGACCUUUAACACGGCUGCUUCUUAAGAGCGAUCUUGCAGUCUUGAAAUACACACGCCAUCUAGAUUUACAAACAACAACAGACCUACAGUAUCUGCUUUACACUGCCACGCACAGCAAACCACUGUAAAACACUGAUCUGUCCUAACCACAGAAUAAAACACAACUCCACCCCUUUGAGUCCAUUAGUCAUAAACUCAUUAAAAUAACCAGAACCUGCCAAAUCGACAGCCAUCCACGUUGGUAUUCUCUCAGGGAAAUGAGCUACUUCAUGUUUUUAAUUCUUUUGCCAUGAUUUCACAGCUAAGGCACCUAAAUAUUGUACAUUCUUUUUUAAUUAGGUUGUAUCUUAUUCCUUAGAAUGAGAGAUGUAAAAAUAUCAAACUAUAUAUAAAACUAAUGUUGGUGUAGGAGGCUCCCAUCAUGUACAAGCAUCAUGUGUUUUUGGUUUAAAAAAAGUCAAAGUCAAGACUCUGUAUUC